AUGGUACGAGAACACGCGAAAGGUGACGUCCUUAGGGUUAUCAAAGCGGCAGGAGAUCCGUCGCGACCGAUGCGUCUACCGUUACCGAAUGGGCUCCUGCCCAAAGGUAGCAACCAUCUCUACGUCACGGUCGCCGAUGGGUCAAACCAUACCUACAAGAUUGAAUGCAGACCUAAGGGGUGGAAAGAGAUCACUCUCGGCAGGGGAUGGCAAAGGUUCUAUUGUGAAUACAAGCUACAACCAUCUAACAUUCUGCUGUUCAAGCACAAGGGCAGAGACGACUUCAGCGUUCGCAUCUUUCAGUCACCGGGUGUCGAGAGGACGUAUGCUACGUCCGGUGAUGAAGUCGUCGACGUCACACCCCAGAAGGUUCGACGGAUCCGUACACGCGCUCCUGAAGCGCCCCGGCGUCGAACGGGGUGCAUCAAUGUCCCCAGGAGCGCAGCUGCAGCUGAGGUGGAGCAGACAUUUCGGUCCGAGCACCCCUUCUUCAUCAUGCACAUCACGAAAAGGCUCUUGGGCACCCACUUCCUGCCAAAUGUGCCGCACUUUGGAGACGACGUCAACGAUUGUGUCAUGGUCACUCUCAGAUCGGGGGAGAUCUCCGUCCGGGCCGUCUACAGCAAAUACGGGGGCAAGAGAAGGCGCAAUUGUGGCGCCAUUAGCCAAGGGUGGGUGGGUUUCUUGUGCAAGUGUAACAUAAGUGUGCCCAAGCUGGCCGUCUUUGAGAUCUCCAGUACCCACCCAGAAGUGGAGCUGUUGGUCCAAUUUCUUGAUUUUGAAUGA